AUGUGUCUUGAAGAUGCUAUGAUGGCUAUCAUCGAUCAAGCAAACCAACCACAACCACAACAACAACAGCUGAAUGGUGAUGCUAAUGAAGAGCUGAUAGCGAAACAUCAACCUUCUGAUGAAUCGCAUGAUGACGAUUCCAUUCUGUUGUGCACGACAACGGUCGAUUCGAGCGAUCAAGAUACGCCACUCAACGAUCACAUCGAUGAUGAAUUUUCGUCACUUCGCUUCUUCGCUUUACGUUGUCCACUUGUUAUUCAACUACCAAGUCAAGUUCACCUUAAGUUGUGA